GCCUUCAGUUCACUCGUUUUUUGUUGUUUGAAGACUCAUAUCCAAUCAUUGACUUCAUCUCCAUUCUGAUACCAUCCUUUUCUUGACUACCUUCUUCCACUCACUCACUCACCAUGCCUUCAGUCAACACCCUCAUCACCGCCAUCGUGGCCGGCCUUGCCAUUGGAGCCCAUGCUGGUCCAUGCAGGCCCCAUGGAAGCUCCAGCUCCGUCUCGACUGCUGAAGUUGUCACUGCGACAUCUGCUCAACCUUCUACCACAACCUCUGGAAGUUACCCCGACGUCUCCAGUAACUCGGAGACAAAGACCACUGGAACCACUGGGACCGCCGAAGCCUCUGAGACUGAGACCACACAUUCCGCUUCCAUUACCAGCAGCUCAGUUACCGUGUCUGAGACUACAACAGAUGUAGGAGCUCACGGUUCAAGCGAGUCCGAGACAACCUCCACCACAGCAGCCGAGACGACUUCUACCACGGCAGUUGACACAACCUCCACCUCGGCUCAAGAGACUACAACUGCUCCCUCCACAACUUCCUCUACAGCCGCUCCAUCUACAACCUCUUCUACAACUGCCCCCUCCUCUACCACCGCCGACGAGUCAACCACUCAGGAGACCACCACCCUCGAGACCCGCACAUCUGCCGCCUCGACCACAACAUCCGCCGCGCCCAGCCAAACCUCUGGCUCUAGCUGCCCUGCCGCGGCCAACCUCGUCUGCGGAAAGACCGGCUACCUCGGCGACAGCAGCUCCAGUCACCUCCUCGACAACCAGCAGGACACUGACUUGGAGACUUGCAAGACUAGGUGCAAGGAGACCGAGGGCUGUGUCACCAUUGGAUACAUUGCCGACAUUAGCCAGUGUGAGCUGUACGAUGCUUCGCCGGCUACUCUUGAGUUGACAGAGGACCCGGACUCUUGGUACGCCGUCUACGAAGCUUGCUGUUUCGAGUAACAUCCAUGGUUGAUGGAAGGAGUCCGCAUGGAAGGUUGAUAUUGUGAUUGUAUACCCGCUGGCGUUGGAGCCUCUUACAUUAAAACUUGUUCAAAGAAAGGGGGGCAUUGGAAAAUAGGUAGUCUUUGGUGGUGGAGACAACCAUGUACUAAUCAGUAAUCUCAUAGUGUAGUAUCUUAGUUUUACAUAUCUCAUUUCAAUUAGUAUCUCAAAGCCUUGUUCUUC